AUGGCUUGCUCAUAUGUAUUUUCUGAUGACAAAUCUUUCCUCUAAGAUUUGGAUUACAUGUUAGAAUAGUCAGAUUAGUGUCCUUCCUUGCUAAAAUGUUAAUCAUGCUCCAUUUAAUUAUAAAAAUAAUAAUCAGAUGCUAAAUCUAAUGUAUCCUGUGCAGAUUUGGUUGAUUUGGAGAGAGGAGGUUGCAUUCUCCAAACCAAGUUGGGUCCAAUUUAAUAUGGUAUGCCUCCAGAAACAAUAAAGGACUGUUUAAAUCUAGGAAUGGAAGUUCCAACAUUUUAUAUAAUACCAUCAAAAAGAUUCGAUAAAAGACUCGGAAUCAGCACUGCUGAAUUUGAAUUUCCAGCUUAUUUUAAUUUCUUCUGUAAAAAGAAGUAAAUAACAUUAAUUUGUACUGCCGAUACAGAAAAAGCAAUCCGAACUGUGUUUUAAGAAACUUUGUUAGGUCCAGUGGAUCAUCCUGAUUUAGCACUUGAUUUCUACCAUAAAUUUCCGAAGAGUGCCUACCCAGAUUUUCAUAAAGAAAGAAGUGUGUUCUCAAGAAAUCCAUCAAAUUUGGAUGAAAAAUUAACAAUUGACCAUUUAUUAAAAUUCUGUUUAUUCGAUGAAAACAAUACAGCAACCAUAACCGAAGGAGAGAUUAUAAUUAAAAUAAUAAAGGAUAGCAAUUCAUUUAAAAUCUUAGAAAAUGGGAUAUAUCUGAAAAGUAUUUAAGAUACGUUUACAUUCCCCUCAUAAUAUUAUGAAUACAUUGUCACAAAACCAGACGACUAUAGAGCUGAGAGCAUGAAGAACAUUAAAUCUAAAAGGGAUGCUGCAAAAGAGUCAUGUCCUACUCCUUUAUUAGUUAGACAAUUACCUGAGAUGACGGUUGAAUAAAAGGUGGAAAAUUGGGUUAUUGGUAAUAAAUACUAAAGGGGUGGUGAAAAGAAAUUAUCAGUUGUUUUAUGGGAUCAAAUGGGAGGACAUGUUGAAAGUGGUUCAGCUAUAUUGUAAUUAGAUAUCGAUGAAAAUAAAUCAUUUACACCUCCAGAUUUUGGGGUUACUAUUCUAGGAUGUUCACAUGGAUUUGAUCCAAAAGGAUCAACUUCAGGUUAUAUUUUUUGGGUUAAUGGAAGAGGAAUCAUGGUAGAUCCACCUCCAUUUGCUUCUUAUCAUAUGAAAUAGAUGGGAAUCCCUUCAAUAUUAAUAUGUGCAGUGAUUAUUAGUCACUGUCAUGCUGAUCAUGAUGCUGGUACAUUCCAUAAAAUAUUGGAUGAUACUAGAGUAGAAAUCAUAACAACCAGAACUAUUAUGAAUUCUUUUUUAAGAAAAUAUUCUGCAAUGUCAAAUAUUGAUAUAGAUUCCUUAAGAAAAUUAUUUAUAUUUAGGCCUGCUAUCAUUGGAAUUCCUUUGAAUAUUUACGGAGCCUAUUUUAAUUUCUUCUAUGCCAUGCACACCAUCCCAAGUCUGGGAUUCAGUGUCAAAUUAGAGAAUAAAUCAAUUUAUUUCUCAGCUGAUACGUUCUUUGAUCCAGAUUAAUUGUUAGUCUAUAAAAAUUAAGGAAUUCUCUCACAAAAAAGAUAUGAACACUUGGCUUUCGUAGAAUUCAAGGAGGAUUUAAUUCUUCAUGAAGCAGGAGUACCUCCUAUUCAUACUGCACAAUCUGUUCUUGGCAAAUUACCAAAUAGUAUUAAAAAUAGACUUUAUCUUGUUCACACAGCUUAAAAGGACCUCAAAAAAGAAUUAGGGUUAAAGAUUGCCAAAACUGGUAUAGAAAAUACAAUGAUUUUAAUACCAAGUAAUACCAAUAAGCAUUUGACAACCAUUAGAAGACUUGAUCUACUUUCAACCAUUGAUAUUUUUGAGCAUUUGACCUUAAAAAAUGUAAGAUGGCUUUUAGAUUCAGUUACUUCUGAAGAGUUCUUUCCAGGAUAAGAUGUUAUUAAAGAGGGUAUGGCUGGGGAUAGAUUCUAUAUUAUUGAAUCAGGACUAGCAAGAGUUUAUUCAACAUAGAAAGGCUAAGAAUUCGAAAGAUACUAUUAGGUUGGUGACUAUUUUGGAGAAUCUGCUGUGUUAUCAAAUGAAGGAAGAAGAGGAGCUUCUGUAGAAGCUGUUACACAUCUUAAGGUUCUUAUUUUGGAAAAACAUGAUUUCUGGUUUAUUUUUGGGGAUGGACUGGGUGGACAAGGUCCUAUCAUUCAAAAAAUGAAAUAAUUGACUGCUGCUAGACGAUCUAAAGCUGUUCAUUGUCUAUUUAAGAAUUCGAUCUUAUCUGAAUUAACUCCUUCAUAAAAAACACAAUUAGAAAUGAUAAUGAGAGAAUAAGAAAUUGAAAAAGGGACUGUGCUUUGGAAAGUUGGAGAUAAACCAGAAUUCGCUUUUAUUAUUAAAAGAGGAACAUUUGCAUUUUACGAUUCUCCUGAGUAAGAUCUGGAAGAAUUAGAUUCAGGAGCCUACGUUGGAGAAUUAAAGGCUAUGAUUGAAAACACUGCUAUUUCAACAUCUAUUAGAGCAACUAGAAAAGCUACAAUCUUUAAGAUAUCCAGAAAGGAUUUAAUUAGUUUUGCCAAUAAACAUCCUGGAAUCUAUAUGAUUUUAAUUGAUACCAAAUAUUUAGAAUGA